AUGGAGGUGAUGGAAGAUGGUAAUCUGAUGGAUAAGGUCCAUAUUUUAAUUCAACGGGAUCUGAGUUACUAUAAGGAACAUCAAACUAUUCUUCAACAACCUAUUUGCGCUGGAGUGGUCGGUGGACAUUUAGACUUUCCUUUGUUUGCAUCAUUUGCUUCUAUAAAACUAGUAUUGUGGUGGGAAGAUGAAUUCUUGGCAGGAUUUCGUUUAUCGUCAGGCUUAAUAAAGAGACAUGCUGACAUUCAAAAAAAUGACGAAGUGGCCACAGAAGAAGAUCAUGUGGAAAUUGUGAAAACAUCCGACCCACAAAAAUUUUCAUCGUUAAUCAUAAGUUCGUCUGAACAAAUCCUAGAUCAUCUUCAUGCGUUAACACAAGAAGCACUCGAUCACGCGGAUUUAUCUGUAUUAACGGGAACUAUUGGAGCAUCUUCGUUAUUAAAAAAUUGCAUAUGGUUUUAUGUCAAUAAAUGCAAACGAAGCCGAUUAUCAAAUGAAAGCAACAACGCAUUGAAUGAAAUACUUAGAAAAUUUGAAGAAAUGAAUGAAGCUGUUGCAGAAAGAUUGUUGGAUCUACAUUGCCGACUGUUGUCUCUUUACGUUUUGCAAGAUCCGGAUUGUUUGAAUUGGGACAGUCAGGAAACAUUCUUUGAAUUGGAAAGAGGAUCGUACACUAUUCAAAUGUGGUGGCUCUAUAUGAAAGCAACAAGAGAUGAUUUGUGGAAAACGGUCCCUCCAGACAUGUCAAGAAGAGUCUUUUCAGGAAUGCUGAACGAGACCUUAACAGUUUUGACUGUCCGUUACUGCCAAGCUUCUCCGUCAAUGUGCAGGAGUCACGUUCUAGUCAACGACCUGGCAAAUUUACUCUUUUGUGUUAUGAACCUGUUGCCUGCCAUCUGUAAUUCAUCAGAUGAACUCGUUGGACUUCCAGUCACCUCAGAAAAUAAGAUACUUAAGGAUAUUCACGUAAAAUGCAAGGAACUGUUUUUCUGUUUUCUGCUAAGAGGUGCACCGCUAGAAAUUCUGUAUAAGAUGUUUCGCAAAAAGUGGGACGAACUUUAUAUAUAUAAACCAGUGAGCGGUAUGAGCCCAUGGGUCAUGUUUGGAUUGCCGUAUCUUUAUCUGGAUAACCCAAGCAAUGUUAAAAAUGUUUCCGACCUUCAGGAUAAUGUUGUAGUAUAUUCUGAAAUUACAAUUUUGUUGGCACAACCACAGCCAAAUUGGUGUAUGCUAUUGAAGAAAAUCAAGCAGCAUUUCUGGAAGCGGUGGAGCAAGGAAUAUGUGAGCAAGCUCCAAUGCAGGACCAAGUGGACACAACAGCAAGCGAAUUUACUGCAAGAGGGUGCUCUCGUAGUGAGCCUCCUCAUAAAUGGCGGCUCAGAGGAGAAAAUUGAUAUCUCUGAUGUAUUAAUUCCGGCUAUUGAAAACGAAAAAGACUGGGGUCGCUAUUUCGACAAAAGACAGGAUUUCGUCAUGGAGAACGACUCGUUUCCAACAAUUAAUGCUGGCACAUUUUACGGUAAAAAGAAAGUUAUUCUCCUUCCCCCGUUUAACGGAAAUUUAUCAGAUGCUGAUAUUUCGGAUAUAUCUGAUAAUGAAAACAAUACUUGUUCGAAAGAAAAGGCUUAUCUACCAAAAGAAGGAACCCACGGUUUAGGCAGAGAUGGUCUAAUUCCUGUUGAUUUGAGCGAUCAUAAAGCUGAGGAUUCAGAAAAAGAAGGAAGGGGAAGUUACUACUUCAGCUACGAUGAAGCUAACAAAGUUAUCGUUGUAAAAUGGGUCGACAACCGAGUAGUUACUUUGGCAAGGUACUUCGUUGGGGUUGAACCGUUGCGUACUGUGAAGAAGUAUAACAAUGCAUUAUCACGCGUCCAAAUUAAUGUGGUAAACAAGAAAGACGACUAUCCUAUCGAAGAGUUGGCCAAAGACUUGGAUCUAGUAGGAGACUUGGAUACCGCCGAAAAUAAUGAAGAAUUUAAGCAGAUAAACAACUACUAG